AUGGCCUACUCUGACCGGUGGGCGGACGUGUGCUCACAGGAGGCCGUCCAGGGGCUCUCGCCUCAGGACAGUCCCCAGCCUCCCCCUAACUCGUUGGACGGAGUCAACUGUCUUGACGACAGACGAGGAUGCCUGAGCACGGCGGGGGAAGAGCAGCGCCGGGUUUCCAGCUCUCCCCUCCGGCCGGCGCCCACUGACGGCUCGGCGGGGGCUCCCCACGCCCGCGGCGCCGCCGCUCCCCCCGGCCACAUCCGGAGCCGCUGCUUGUCCCGCUCGCCCCACCGCAUCUCGUGCCGAGAGACCACGGGUUAUGCCCUUCCACCGAUAGAGCAUCGCUUCGCAUCCUCCUUCCCCCUCCUCCUCCCUCCCCCCAACGAUAUCUGUGUUGUUUUGCUUGCAGAUCAGCAAAAAACCACAGUGAUUGAAAACGGUGAAAUCAGAUUUAAUGGAAAAGGGAAAAAGAUUCGGAAGCCUCGAACCAUAUACUCUAGUCUACAACUCCAGGCUUUAAAUCAUCGCUUUCAGCAGACACAGUACCUGGCACUUCCAGAGAGAGCUGAACUGGCAGCUUCAUUAGGACUUACCCAGACACAGGUGAAGAUCUGGUUUCAGAACAAGCGCUCCAAAUUCAAGAAGCUGCUGAAGCAGGGCAGUAACCCCCACGAAAGCGACCCUCUGCCCGGCUCCGCUGCCCUCUCCCCUCGCUCUCCGGCUCUGCCUCCUGUCUGGGACGUUUCAGCCUCUGCCAAGGGAGUCAAUAUGCCUCCAAACAGCUACAUGCCUGGCUAUUCUCACUGGUAUUCUUCUCCACAUCAAGACACAAUGCAGAGACCACAAAUGAUGUGAAUUGUCCAAGAGAAAUAAUCUCCCAAGAACGCCUCGUCUCGACAUGGCAAGAAGUUCCCCUGCUUUGCCAAGCCGUGCCAGCUAACAGGCUCUGUGUGAACUUGUAGAUGCGGCAAAGAGACAGAGUGGCUUUUUUUUU